AUGACUACAAGCCCCAACACACCAAGCGCUGCCACUUCCUCGUCUUUAGCUCAUCAAUGGGCUGAGUCCUUGACCAAGUCUUGGUCUGAUGAAGUGAAGGAUGAAUGGAGACGCGAGCAACGCCGUCAGAACUCCAAGAGGUUUCGAACGCGCAAGCAGCACGAGCUGAUCCAACUACGAAGAGAACAGGACCACCUCGAACUACAAGUCAAACGGUUCGUUGCAGCUUUGAGUCAGUCAUCCACGCAGAAGCCGACCAACUCCAGCGAACUGUACAGCGCGCUAUGCCGACUCGCUAUUGAGGGUGAGACGUUGAUGCGAGAAAAGCUGCUGCUGAAGCAAGAACUCUAUAGACACGAGUACUUCCUGGGCAUCGCGAGUAAAACACCGGAGAGCGUAGUUGUUGUCCCCAAGGAGAAGAAAAUACCACAAAGCGUCCUCGAUGCGAUUGGUGACACCGAAGCCAACACGCAAGCUCGAGAGGCCCAGGCUGACGUCCAGUGGGUACACGAGAGCGGCUUUUGCAUUCGAUACACGGAGGUGAACGAGUCAACGAUCGAUGUAACGUACAAUCGCUGGUCUCAGUGUGAGAGUGAGGAUCACGCUCGGAAGCUCUUCAUCGACUGGUUUCAAGUGCUCUGCUGGUGGACCCAGCAUGUGACUUCGUCCAAAUUGAUCGUGUCCUGA